CGUGAGUCCAACUCAGUCUGGGGCUUUGUCUCGACCUGGCAGGUACAUCGAUGGUCCAUAGGUACCUAUAGUAGUUUCCGCAUGUUACCACCUCCACCUCGAUGUUAACACUGAGGUUGCUCAGUGCCUUGCCUCAUCAUCGCUUCCCUAGGCCAACAAACCACGCUUCAAACAAGGACACUUCACAAUGUUCUCGGCGAAACCCAGUGGCUCGUUAUCAACAUAACGCCCUUGCGACCGUCGCGUUCAUUUCGCAGCCUUUAUUUUCCUCGCCUUGCCUUCCAUCUUCUUCCGACUACUUCGUGCCCGAUAGUACUGUACUCCUUAGGCCAUGGCCAACGAGUUCGUCCCCUCUGCGCCAUCACCCCUCACCAGCUUCACAUCCAACACAGCGCUCGAUUCUGCCAAUGCUUCAGGCCCGUGGUACAAUUCUGCUGUCUGGACUAUCAAUGUUACACGCUAUGCACCCAUACUAGAGGACCUUGUCUGGGCUGGUCCACGAUUCGUUAAGAAGCUUGGAUCUUACAUUUCCGCGCCUGAACAUCUCGAGACGACGACCGGCAAUUCGAAUUACAUACCAGCAGUAGUUGGCGCGAAUACCAUACUUGCUGAGGCCGACCCGACUAUUCAGAACAUAAUGGAACCCUUGUUAGGUACGGGGGGGUCUGAGACAGCAGCCACUGCUCCCAUAGGACGGGUACCCGUUGACAGUGUCCGUAGCUUGGGCAGUGUCUUUGGAUAUGCUACCAGCAAGUGGGCUUUGUGUUGCAUAGCUAUGGCAGUCAUACUCAACAGGACACACAUAUUCGCUGCUACUCGACGACGCCUACGCUUGCGUUGGCCAACAAGACUGUUAUUACGAUUCGUUCCCAUCGUCCUAUUGGUAGUACAGGCGCGCCAGUUACUUCAGUCUAUUCAGUGCCAGACCUCAUCCGACUUUUCCGAGCUACGAUGGGGUAAUGCAAGCAAAAGCUCGGACUUGAUGUUCUCACACCAAAACGCCUUUCUCAACUCUCUGAGUUCAAUCUUACUCUUCUCAGCCUCCGAUGAACAGUCCUGUAUUGCCGUUCGGAUGAUACCGUCCGAUGAGUCUGGCUUUGCUCAUAACUUGACCGGCUCCUUGUCUAUGCUAUGGCCUCUGUUCGGAACAUUUUGUCUUAGUCAGUUCCUUGAGACCGUUUCCUGUGCCGUGCAGGGCCGUCCCGUCGCACCGGAGACAGGUAUGACACUAUUCGAACAAUCUCUUGCGUUUGCGGAGGCCGAUGCUGCUAUCAGCAACCAGCUUGGUUGGAACCUUUUCACUAAAACAACUUCUGCUGAUGCCCCAGCCUCAGGGCUUGGAAAUGCUAUAGCUCUGACUAGGUCAAUGGUUAUGAGAAGGGUCAACACCUCUCCCGAAGUUCUCCUCGUUGCCUUGCUAUCUUCGAUGACGCAUAUCACGAGCCAUAUUCUCGGUGUCUUCAAUCUGCAAGCCAAGUAUCGACUAGUCAGUACGGGAUUCUGGGGUCUCUGCUUUAUGGCUAGCAUUGUAUGGGCAGCCAUCUCUUUUGACCUCGACAAGCCAUCCUCUCAGAGUCUACUCAGGUUUCCAACUGUUUGCAUCAUAGGGUUUGUGCCACAUGUACUUGUUCUACUAGGUACCGCUAUAUGCUUGUUCAUCUACGGGCUUGCUUUGCUACUCUCAGCAUUCUCUGCCCCUUCGACAUCAGACAUGGCUUCAAUGACCAUUCGACAGCGUCUAAUUCAUGCCCAUGAAAACAUGCAGGCGAACGUAUCGCUCUCUUCCAUUCGCAUCACUCGAGAAAUGGACUUCUACACGGCUCUACUGCGAACUGGGUUCGGUGCUAUCACUAUGGCUAGUGAAGCCGUCUACCUAAAUGAGGACAAAGGCAUCAGUUUAAAACGACGCACCUGGUUGGAAGAGCAGCGGUUUAAGGAGGCCGAGGAAUUGCAAAGAAAACUAAUUGGCGGUGGCGGCGGCCUGCCCGACUCGCGAUAUGACCAGAUCGGCGCAAUCGGCCUGAUUCCCGUGAAAGGGGGUCCAUCAAUUGCAUCCAACGGGUACGCGCGCGAACGUGCUGCUCAGAAGAUACCGAAAGGACGCAGUGAGCGCAACCUUCAUGCGGGCAUUGGCGCGUCUGAAAGGAGUUCUCGUUGGCUUAUGGCACUGGAGUUUCUACUUAGUAUCAACAAACUUAUUGCAAGAAUUAGCGCUAAGUCUUUGUUGUGGUGUCUUGCAACUCUGCGGAUCCGAUAUCAGCCGGUGUGGCUCCUUUGGCUUGCCCAGCACCCAAAAAGUAUGGACGCCCAGAGCAAAAGCUCUAGUCGUAAACAGCCACGACCAAGAGGACCAUCUUCCUAUAAUGAUGGACGCAUACCGAAAGAGGAGACAGCAGACAUUGAGGCCGAGUUCAGGCGUGUGUGCUUAGACCAAGACGAGGAGAGUCUAGAUAAGGACCUGUACAAGUAUUGGGUGAAAAAUGGCUGGUGGGGAUCUGCAGAUUCCAGCGGCGACUUUGAACCUCACUCAGAUGACGACUUCGACACUACAAGCGUCAUUUCUAUGUCGACCACCGGUGAUGGAGUGGAGGAUUACCAAGCAUGGGAGUCAGAAGACGAGAACGACGAGGGCCAACGAACACCUACUCAACGAUCCCCUCAAAUCAGUCGUGAGAGCACACCUUUCCAUGACACCCCUAUGCAAAUAUCCGAUCUAGCACGCCUUCUACAUCCCACAAGCCCUGAAGAGCGUGAGGAGGCCGUGACCUUGUCUGCCCACCUCCAAAGCGACGGGAUCAUGACACGCGCCAAAUACCGGCGAAUGGAGCAAUUGCAACGCACUCGAGUCUUAGCCUCACCAGGAUCUGGCUUACUACAGCCAAAAGCUAGCAUCAUGCAACCAGGGCGCAGCACCAAAUUAGAUCCUGACGAAGAAGAGCGUCUUUUGGAACAGCUUUUGUUAUCACGGCGACAAGCGUUUGCAUCAGCGGCAUGUUCCGAGACAUCAUGGGAAAACGGGGGAUCAGGUUUUGGAAGUGAUGGUCCGCAAUGUGUGGUAUGCCAAAGUUCACCCAGGACCAUUAUAGUCUGGCCCUGUCGAUGCCUGAGUCUAUGCGACGACUGCCGUGUCUCUCUUGCUAUGAACAACUUUGACAAAUGCGUCUGUUGCCGCCGGGAGGUUACUAGCUUCAGCCGCGUUUUCGUCCCCUGAGCUCCUGGAAACUCACAUUCAAGGGAAUCAGUAAUGUCUUUUUUAUUUUAUUUGCUCUGAUCAAGCACCUGCCGCUUUUGUUCAAUUCAUUUGUGUUGUUCAUUUUUGGGACGUGAUGGGCAUGAAUUCACAUGGUUAAGACUUUCAUCUUUUGACUCAAAUCAUCAUGUCAGGUUAUGUUCGGGAUAGUAUCUAUUAUUUUCAAAGCUUUUACAUUGCAGCCCAUUCGAUACUAAAGGUUCUCAUCUGUUGGUCAUCUCGUGAACCAUUCGCUAGUGGCUGUUCUGCCCCUAUUAAAUACGCCUUCUUCACAGCUGUGGCGAGGCGACCUCCUGCUACGAUGUCCAAUACGGGAAUGUCUUCUUCCCAUUCAUACUGGUUUGCCAUGAAAUGAGCAUGGAACCUCAAGGGAUCGCCUGGAUAUACACUAUACUUGGCACCAAAGCGAAGGCCGGGAGUUGUGUAGUGACCAGAAGUAAGUAGAAAGCCGCACAAAGGGCCUUGCGUAGGGUUAGUGGCCUGGUAUGUCCGUUCAGCUUCUGGAGAAAUCAGCCACCCACUGGACGUUGGGGUGACGCCCAGGGAUUUGAUGGCAGAUUGCUGCUGCUGUACGGCGGGUUUAGUUUCACUAGUGGUGAUUGUGUCGUCGUCGGUAUUGCCAGGAGGCACACGGCAGGACUUCCCACGCUUCAAUGCUCCUUCAACAACCUUCUGGGCAUUCUUUUCAGUAAGAACCUGUUGUGCUGUCUGCUUUCUCGUCCUAAGCGAGUCGAGGUAUAGCCUCCUCGCCCCGGCGUUGUGAUUCUGGAGAACAUGGUGGUGGGCAGCUACGUCGUCUACAAGAUAAGCCACAUUCUUAUGCAAUAAAGCUUCAGCCUCCUCAGGCCGGAGUUCGAUUGGAAGACCGAGAAAGAUGUUCUGAGUCGGUUGCUGAGGCGCGGUUCCGGCUAGUGUACCGUUGAUAUUCUCAUUCCGACGCAAGAAAGCAGCAGCCUCGGAAUCGAAGAUGAGAUAUCGCCCAGCGAUCUUGGAUAUUCGAACAGAGGCUGGGUCGAGAGAGACCAUAAUAUCUAUCGAAGCGUUGCGAGUUAGCAGGCGCGUCGUCAGGAGUAUAGCGAGCAGAAGCAAGUGUGAAAAGGACAACAUCAUAAGUCGUCUUCGUAAUUUUAUUGUGUGUCGUCACAGAAAAUCAGGGGAUUGACAGAUUAAUAAGUGUAUAAUCAUUGUGUCCGAGUUGCGUGAAUGAAUUGCAAGAGAAGAAAGA